GAGUAUUAUAUUUUCUAAACGCCACCAUUAAUCCUAUUCUAUAUAAUCUCAUGUCCAGAAAAUUCCGCUCAGCUUUUAUCAGAACUCUUUGUCGAUGUUGUUUUAGUAAAGAAGAAUUGUUUGAACUACGAGGUACUAGCCGCUCGGUGUUAUAUUCUGAAAGAGUGGCGUUAAACGGACGAACCAAUGUGUAUGGUCGAGAAACACCCAUCAUGUCAAUGAAAUAUACAAACGGUUGUAGUUUUAGAAGUCGUGAAGAUUUGUGUUUAAAACAAUCACCUCGGUCCACAUCGCGGAAUACCUUACUUCAUGUUAAAGGUAUGACUUAUUCUGAGAGAAAUUUAUUACAGAUAUACGAUAAAAACACUAAAUCCCAGUCUAAAUCUCUUACUUCUAGUCCUGUUCAUAGUUUAAAUAAUCUAAGACAAGUUCCUAGCGAGUGUAUGAACUCUCUAAACUCUGUGAAUUAUUCUAGCUCAAAACUCAGUGCCUCGACUCAUUGUGUCCUGUUAACAGGCAGUUCUAAUAUGUCUCAAGAUUCAUUUGUAUAA